CACGAAGAUUCCACAGUGGCUGCAGGCAGCUCGUCCUAUCAGAGUGCUGGAAGUGAUCUCUUGAAAUCUGCCCUUGCAUCUUGAUCUGGAAUUAAAUCUAAAUGGCUCAGCUAAUCCCAAUCAGUGCCUUAGCACAACCGGCUUCAACUCCCGAUUGCUGAAUAAUGGUGUAAUGCCCCAUCCCACCGGGCCUUACUGACUGAGAUCCUGCAUCAUGGCCUAAACCUAAACCAGGCUUGCAGCGUGGAUCAUGAAGCUCUGGGAACUCUACUAGCUAGAGCUGCAGCCCAUGGACUAUCGCUACGAAACAUGCCCCGCCAAACUGAUUCCACAAGCUGCAUGCCACACCUCGCACCCAGGCCGCAUGUACAGCUUAGCGGAGCUAGCCCGAGCUAGCCUCGCCUCAAAAAGUGUGGCAGAUGGGGACCUAGAGGGUCAAUCGUUGCAUUGGAGACAGCCAUUGCAGCCAUUGGGCUGCUGGCUGCCUGAAACUAUUUAAACUGUCGUCAUAUCCCACCUCAUCGAUCUCGACUAUCAUCAGCAUCAGCAUCAUCUUCAAUCCUCUUCCUUAAAGACACUAGCACAUUUGCAACAACUAUACACUUAUAUUCACUCCUCCAAAAUGUCUUCCACUACCCUUCACUAUCUCGACAUUGGCGCAAUGGGCCGUGGCGAGGUCAUCCGAGUCUUCCUCCAAGAUGCCGGCAUCGAAUACAAGGACGUCCGCUACAAGUUUGACGCUACUUGGCCUGCUAGUCAGGCUGAGCUCAAGGCCAAGGGCAUCUCCAAGACCGGACGUCUUCCAUCGCUCGAGUACAACGGCCAGAUUCUCAGCCAGCACGUCCCCAUCAUGCGCUACUUUUCCCGCAAGCUCAACAAGUACGAUGGCGCGACUGAUGAGGAAAAGUACGAGGUCGACCUAGUCUCCGACCUCUAUGUCGACUGGCGUGCUGGCUGGGCCGGUGCGCUCGGUGCCAGUGACGAGGUUAAGGAGGCCUAUGCCAAGAAGACUUCUCCUCAGUUUUGGGAGUUGGUCGGUACUCAUUACGAUCGCACUACUGGCCCCUUCUUGCUCGGAGACGACAUUUCGUACGCCGACUUUGCCGUCUACCAGGCUUACUCUGAUGAUUCCAUUACCAAGACGAUUCCCGUAAGUUACUUUCUUCACCUGCAUAUCAAUCGUGUAUAUCUCCUAACCGAUGUACCACAGGAAACUCUCCCUGCGUCCAUUAUCAAGUUCAAGGAGGCCUUUGAGGCUCGUCCCACCCUUGCGGCUUACCUUAAGGACCGCAAGUAG